GAACGCCCUAAGCCACGGUUUGUCAAGGGGCGGAGACUGGAAGGAGGACCACAAAUGAUGCAACUAUCAUUGGAUGGUAGAAGAUUAUACGUAUCAUCAUCACUGUAUUCUCCAUGGGAUAAAAUGUUUUAUCCGAAAAUGGUCGAAAAAGGCGGACACAUUGUUUUAAUAGACGUUGAUGUGGUAAAUGGAGGCAUGAAGCUUAAUGAGGAAUUUCUUGUGGACUUUGGUAAUGAACCGCAUGGACCUUCACUUCCCCAUGAAAUGCGUUACCCGGGCGGAGAUUGCACCUCGGAUAUUUGGUUGGCAACAGACGGAUAAUAAUAAAAAAUGCUAUAAAAAAGCGCAAUGAACAAAUAAGAAUACAACUUUACAAAAAUGUAAGGAUACUAUUACAAGAUAACAUUAGCUCUUCUUUAAAAUUUUAUGGAGUACAAAUUCAUUCGAUGAUAUCUGUAUUUUUGAAAUUUUUUUUAUUUUUAUUAAAAAUAACAAAACCACUUAA